AUGGGCCCCUUUGGAGCAGUUGCAGACGACAACUCCUGGGGUGACCUCGUCAAGCUAGGUGCCCUUUUCGGGGAGCUCAACGCUUGCCUGGCAAAUCAGGAGCUCAUUCGUCGUCCCAGCCCAGAGCAAGUAGUGCGGCUUAUGGAGUUGGCCUCUCCCACUAGUAUGGGCACAGGAAGACCAGUGGGAGAAGUGAUCCGCGAUGCUGCAGAGAUCUUGUCUUUCCGGAUCGCCGUAGGUCAUCACAGAUUCUACUCGUGUGUUCCAUCACCAGCCUCUCCUAUAUCAUGGUUGGGUGACACUCUUACAACAGCAUUCAACCCUUUUGGCGGGAGUCUAGAAGCUGGGUCUGGAGUUUGCACAAUUGAAGUUGCGUUGAUCAAAUGGAUCGCAGACCGAUUCGGCUUUCCCACAUUUUCUUCAGGUGGUCACUUUGUUUCCGGGGCUUCGAUGGCAAACUUGACUGCCCUGACUGUUGCCCGUGAUCAAUUACUGGAUUUUGAGGAUCAAACCAAUGGUGAUGAUAGACCAUCCAACGGAGUGGCUUACCUUUCCAGUCAUGCCCAUUUUUGUAUCCGGAAAGCUCUUCGGAUCAUUGGUCUAUCGAAUCGGCAAAUCCGCGUGAUCAAUUCUGAUGCCAACUUUCGGAUGGAUAUCGGGCAUUUGCAGCGGAGCAUCUCGGAUGACCUAGCGCAAGGCCGACACCCAUUCCUUAUUAUCGCCACUUGUGGAACAACCAACACUGGAAGCAUCGACCCGCUAGAAGAGAUUGCGCAAAUAGCCCGCUCAAGAGGCAUGUGGAUGCAUGUGGAUGCGGCCUAUGGUGGAUCUGUUGCAUUUUCCAAAUCUCAUCGAGCCAAGAUCAAGGGAAUCGGCUUGGCAGACAGUAUAGCUUGGGACGCGCACAAAUGGCUUUUUCAAACACAUGGCUGUGGGGCGGUUCUCUUCCGGGAGAAAUCACAUCCCUUGAAGAGUUUUGCUUCUUCUGCACAGUAUGUUCGCGAUGUCGAGCAUAUGGCCACGGAAGAAGACCAGAAUACAAUGCUCGACCCGUGGAACUACGGAAUGGAAUUGACUCGACCGGCGCGGCAUAUGAAGCUAUGGUUUACACUUCAGGUUCUAGGUACAGAUGCGAUAGACAGGAUGAUAAGUUCGGGAUUCCACCUCGCAAAACAUUUGGAAACUUCACUUCGUCAAUUAGACGGUUGGGAAAUAACUUCUCCAGGAUCCUUGGCCAUCUUGACUUUUCGUUAUGCUCCGCAAACCAGGGAUCAUAUCACCAAAGCCGAGACUAUGCCCGGCACCUUUGAUCUCCUGAACGAGCUCAUCUCGAAGGAACUUACCGCCCGUAAUGUGGCGGUGAUCUUUACCACCCGUGUACUAGAUAGGGUGUGCCUCCGGAUGUGCAUGAUCAACCCCAAUCAGACUACUGCCGACGUUGACAUUGUGGUAAACACGCUGGAUGUUGUUUCACGCGAAUGCCAUGAAGCUCUCUGCAAGGACUGA